AUGUCCAUGAUGGGCAAGACUUGGGCGAGGCUGGGUGGGCCGUACCGUGCAUCAACGCAGCGCAGUUGCGUCCGCUGCACGAGCGAUGGUGAGUGCGACGUGCGCGGGCAGGAUCUGGUGUGCGAUGCAGAGACUGCGCUCUGUGUCCACAAGCCGCUGCUCCCGCUGGCGGCGACGGACCUGACAGGGACUCUUGGGGUUGUUCUCGGCGCGGCGCUUGCUGCUGGUGCCGGUCUUGGCGGCGGUGGGCUCUUUGUCCCGCUCUUUGUCCUCGUCAUGGGCUUUGCGCCGUCAGAGGCCAUCCCGCUCUCCAAGGCCACCAUUUUUGGCUCGGCGCUAGCCAACUUUGUGGUCGCUGCGCGUCGGCGGCACCCUGCUGCGUCACGUCCGCUCAUCGACUAUGCGGUUGUUCUCAUGCUCGAGCCGAUGACGCUUGCCGGCUCGAUUCUGGGCGUCUUGCUCAACACGGUCCUCCCCUCGUGGCUCAUUCUCGGCCUACUCAUUGUCCUCCUCACGGCGACCACGCUGCGGACGUAUGCCAAGGCCAAAGCCAUUGCUGCGCGCGAGACGGCGGUGAGCAAGCGCGACAGCGUGCUCUCGGAUGAAGCCAAUGCUAGCGGCGCCAGCGAGGUCGCAGGACUCUCGCCAGAGCUGGCGGCAAUCCGCGCGGCCGAGGCUAGAAUCCCGAUGGGCAAGGUGGCAAGCGUGGGUGCGGUGUGGCUGGCGGUCCUUGUGCUCUCGAUGAUCAAGGGCGGACAUGGAGCGCGGUCGGUGGUGGGCAUCGAGCCGUGCUCGGCCGGUUACUGGCUGGUUCUGGCCGCAGCGCUACCCGGCGCUUGGCUGGUGACGGUGUGGAUCGGAGGUUGCCUACGGCGCGAGCACGCGGCCAAGGAGGCUGCUGGAUACACCUUUCUGCCGUCGGACAUCCGCUGGACGGCGCACACGACCAAGGUCAUUCCACGGUACUCGUUUGGCGCCGGCGUUGCUGCCGGGCUGAUGGGCAUUGGCGGUGGGAUGAUCAAGGGCCCGCUGCUGCUCGAGCUGGGUAUGGAGCCGAGCGCGUCAACGGCAACCUCGGGCUUUAUGAUCAUGUUCACGUCGUCUGCGACGGUGGCCCAGUUUGUAGUUCUCGGCCAGCUGGCGCUACCGUACGCGGCCUGGUUUGCGGGCUGGGGCUUUGUUGCGGCGCUGUGCGGCCAGUAUUUGCUGCGCGCUGCGGUAGCGCGGACCGGGACCCAGUCGCUUAUUGCCUUUCUUGUUGCGGGCGUCAUCGGCCUCUCGACGGCGCUGCUGACGUAUACAGGCGCAGUCAGCGUGGUGAAAGAGCUGGCAUCGGGAGCUUCAAUGGGAUUCUCCACGCCGUGCUGAGACGGCGGCGUUUGCGCGCCGCUGUAAAGGAAGUGACAACCGG